UUUAGUUUUGGGCGACGGCGAUAUCUCGGCCUUUUAAUCCUUUCCAUCGCCUUCUCUUGUUCUUCGUAGAUCCCUCCCGUCUCCACCGCGACUUUUAAUGGAUUACGACACGUCCGCAACCGCUGCGGCGGAGAGGACGGCCGGAUCCGACGGCUGCUCCUCGAAGGAGCAAUCCGUUCUCCUCCACGGUGACCUCGACCUCUGGAUCCUGGAGGCCCGCCGCCUCCCCAACAUGGACAUGUUCUCCGAGCACCUACGACGCUGCUUCACCGCCUGCCGCCCCCCCUCCCCCUCCUCCUGCAUCCGCUCCCAGCGCCCCCACCAUCACCACCACCGCCGCCACCCCAAGAUCAUCACCAGCGACCCUUACGUCACCGUCUCCCUCGCCGACGCCACCGUGGCCCGCACCCGCGUCAUCUCCAACUCCCAGGACCCCAAGUGGAACGAGCACUUCAAGAUCCCCCUCGCCCACCGCUCCCUCUUCAUCGUUUUCCGGGUCAAGGACAACGACGUCUUCGGCGCCGACCUCAUCGGCACUGUCUCCAUCCCCGCCGCCCUCGUCGCCUCCGGCGAGCUCGUCCGCGACUGGUUCCCCGUCCUCGGCCCCUCAGGCCAACCCCACAAGCCAGAAACCGCUCUCCUCGUCUCUCUCCAAUACAAGCCCGUCGGCGGCAACCCCAUCUACGACCAUGGCAUCCCCGGCGAUCCCGAGAAGCUCGGGGUGAGGGACACCUACUUCCCGAUACGAGAGGGAGGUCUGGUGACGCUCUACCAGGAUGCCCAUGUGAGGGAGGGGGAGCUCCCGGAGAUCGAGCUCGAAAAAGGAACGAAAUUUGAGCAUAAUAGGUGCUGGGAGGACAUCUGCCAUGCCAUUCUUGAGGCUCACCAUUUGAUCUAUAUCGUCGGUUGGUCGGUGUAUGACAAGGUGAAGCUGGUCAGGGAGCCGACCCGGCCGCUGCCGCCCGGAGUGGAGAAUUUCACAUUGGGGGAGCUGCUUAAGUACAAGUCGCAGGAGGGGGUUCGGGUUUGCUUGCUGGUUUGGGAUGAUAAGACUUCGCAUGAUAAAUUCUGUUUUAAAACGGAAGGAGUGAUGCAAACUCAUGACGAAGAUACUCGAAAAUUUUUCAAGCAUUCUUCUGUCAUUUGUGUGCUGUCACCUCGUUAUGCCAGCAGUAAGCUUAGCAUUUUCAAGCAGCAGGUUGUGGGGACCCUCUUUACACACCAUCAGAAAUGUUUGUUGGUUGAUACACAGGCUUCUCGAAAUAACCGAAAAAUCGCUGCUUUCAUAGGGGGUCUUGAUCUUUGUGAUGGACGCUAUGAUACGCCACAACAUAGAAUUUUUUCUGAUCUUGACAGUGUAUUUUUGAAUGAUUUUCACAAUCCCACAUUUGCUGCAGCAACAAAAGGUCCGAGACAGCCGUGGCAUGAUUUACACUGCAAAAUUGAAGGUCCGGCUGCAUAUGAUAUCCUUACGAAUUUUGAGCAGCGCUGGCGGAAGGCGACAAAAUGGCAGGAAUUUGGGAAACGUUUUAAAAGAGUAUCACAUUGGAGUGAUGAUGCACUAAUAAAGCUAGAACGAAUUUCAUGGAUACUUAGUCCUUCGCCUACUGUUCCAAAUAAUGAUCCAAAACUUUGGGUUUCCGAGGAAGAAGAUUCUGAAAAUUGGCAUGUGCAGAUUUUCCGAUCUAUAGACUCUGGAUCAGUUAAAGGAUUUCCCAAGGAUGUUCAUGAAGCUUUGGAGAAGAACCUUGUUUGUCGAAAGAAUCUAGUGAUUGAUAAGAGCAUCCAUACAGCAUAUGUAAAGGCCAUCAGAUCAGCACAGCACUUCAUUUAUAUUGAAAAUCAGUAUUUUCUUGGUUCAUCUUACGGUUGGCCAUCCUACAAAAAUGCAGGUGCUGAUAAUUUGAUACCAAUGGAAUUAGCCUUAAAGGUUGCUAGCAAAAUUAGAGCUGGAGAGCGAUUUGCAGUGUACAUAGUUAUACCAAUGUGGCCUGAAGGAGUUCCAACUGCUGCCUCUGUUCAAGAAAUUCUUUUUUGGCAGGGCCAGACUAUGCAAAUGAUGUAUGAAAUCAUCGGACAGGAGCUCAAAUCCAUGAAUGUAGAGAAUGCACAUCCGCAAGAUUACCUGAAUUUCUACUGUCUUGGCAACAGGGAAGAAUUGCCCAAGGGUGACUUGCCAUUAGAUGAUCAACCUUCAGAAAAAAGUGCAGCGCAUAUCGGUGCACCCCUAUACCGUGUAUUAGUUCAAUACCGGUAUGGUAUGGUAUGCCCAAGUGCGCACCAGUAUGGACCGGCCCUUUGCCAAAAAUUUCGACGGUUCAUGGUUUAUGUUCACGCAAAAGGGAUGAUAGUAGAUGAUGAAUAUGUGAUUUUGGGGUCUGCCAACAUCAAUCAGAGAUCUCUAUCUGGUUCAAGAGACACCGAAAUUGCUAUGGGUGCGUACCAGCCCCAUCAUACACGGGCUGAGACAAAAAGACAUCCACAUGGCCAGGUAUACGGAUACAGGAUGUCGCUGUGGGCCGAGCAUCUAGGCAUGGUAGACGAGCACUUCAAGGAGCCUAACAGUAUAGAGUGCGUGAAAUUUGUGAAUGAGAUAGCCGAUGAGAACUGGGGAAGAUACUCAGCAGAGGAAGUGAGACCCUUGACAGGACACCUUCUCAAGUACCCAGUCAAGGUGGAAGUAGAUGGUAAGGUUGGUCCCUUACCCAACCAGGAGUGCUUUCCUGAUGUUGGUGGCAGAAUUUUAGGAUCACCUACUUCUCUCCCUGAUACACUGACAAUGUAAUUUCCCUGUGGAUGAUGAAAACAUGGAAAAGAAAAGGUUAUACCCUUCUGAAGGAAAAGGGGAAAAAAAAAAAUUUAUUGCUUCUUUGUAUUAUUAUCCCAUUGUAGUCUUUGUUUGUAAUCUGUGAGAUGCUGCAAUUAAAAAUAUGAGUAUUGCUCUUGGUUUGUAAUCUUGAGCGCCAACCUUGCUCUCA